AUGCUUCCAAAUUGGAAAGCCCGCAAAAGCGUAAAAGAAGCUCUUCGCCGACGCUCAUUCAAAGAAGACCAGAUCAAGGCUCUUGUACCAGAUAAAAGGAAUGAAAAACUUACUAUCAAAGAGAGAGCCCAAUACUGUGCGAAAACUGGAGAUCCAUAUGAUAUUUACUUUCAUGCUUUAGAUUUAAUCGAGACAAAGAAUGAUAGUGAUGAAGAAAUUGUCGCAUCCAGCUCACGUCUUACAUUAUUUC